AUGCUUUCAGUAGAGGAGCUCAAGGUUGUCCGCGAGUUUCUGGGCAGAUCUUAUGAUUUAGACAAGCUGGAUCAGAGACUUGACUGGCAGUCCGAAGCACAAAGGUUAGAUGAGAGACUGACAAAUUGGCGCGAAGAAUUUGUUGCUGCGGUAUUUCAGCUCAUCAAUUAUGAGAAAGGACAUUUGCCCCGAGGAGAAAUGGAGUCCUUCUUCACGCUCACCAACUGUAUUCUCAAUGAGGCAAUCAUCGUUUUGCUUCAGCAGAUGGCGCCCGUGCCGAAAGGAAUAGAGACGACCUUUGAACAUUGGGCAUUCGCCACAACUAGAUGCACCUACGCUUGUGAAAAUUUGACGGCCAAGCGGCACGCUUCUAUAGUGUACUCCAAGGCACUCGAUGCGGAUGUCCCCGCAAACCUCCAUACCCUGGCCUUCAUCCUCCAUGCGUGUGGCAAGCGCUGGCCUUUGGCACAACUUUACGAAACCAUAAUUAGAACUGCUGUAGCAGAACAUCGAAGCCCAAUAUCUGAGUGUGUAUUGCCCGUCGAGUUCUACGACUUCCGCUAUACUACCUUGGAGAUCACAGAGUUGCUUCAAAGUGCUGGGACGAAGUUGACGUAG